ACCAUGUACAGUAACCUUACCUUUACAACAUCAACAACGAUAUUACAAUGAUUCUUCUUCUAUGACAUAGCCUCCGCGGUUCGUUCCGAGAUCUAACUUCGACACCUGCAAUCUUCAAUUGGGGUUCUUCAACCUGCUCUACCAUUCCUACGCGCGCCAUGUUGAUCUGCUAUGGCCGUCUUUGCGGUGCCGCACCUUGACAAAUAUCAUUCAUCUUCCGAUGUUAUAACAUAGCGAAACCGACUUCGCAAUGGCGACUUCUAUCUCCCCCCCUCCUGCGACCGUCGUACCAGCCCAGCUGGGCUUCCUCGCAAUCUUCAACCCCUCCCUAGGCCCUACCGACGAGACUAUGGACGAUCAGAUCGUCUACUACGCUUCCGUGAAUACCCAGUUUAAGAAACGACGGCACCGUUCGCGUGGUAAGCCCACCGACAGUAUUUCUCAAGAGGAGCGGAACGAGCGGUUGAGGCAGAUUGGCCUAGCGCAGGGCAUGGUCGAGUUCAGCCGUGGGUUCGCCAAUGGUCAGCCCGUCGAUACCAUAGAGACCGAGAAGAGUCGUGUCGUGCUGCAUGAGUUGGAGCCUGGUUGGUGGAUAUUAGCUUCUAUUGACUUGACCAAAUUACCCCUGCCACCGAGACUCGGGGCACCCUCGUCGAAUCAAAAAGAUGAUGCGUCUGAAAAUGUCGAAUAUUCGUCCCGGGAACUCAAACCAGCUGCUCUGUUGAUGCAAGAUCUCCUUCGCGCCCAUUCCAUCUUUUUGCUACAUCAUGCUGCAUCUCUAAGUGCUUUAUUCGUUCGGUUAAGACGGUCUAAAUUCGUUAGCAUAUUAGGCCGAUACUGGGAUUUGUAUCUGUCUACGUGGGACGUCAUACUGCACGGUAACCCUAUUACUAGCAUGUUUGGCGGGAUUAAGAUCGCUGCUUGCGGCGAACUUGGCAUUGGCGUUGGGGAGGAGGAACGCGGAAGCGGCGAAAGAGAAGUCCUUGAAGGACUUGUUGAUAGAACAGAAGGCCUGAUUGACUUGAUUGUAUCCAAGUUCGGUCCUUCCGAGGCCGACGCAGAUGAAGAUUACAAAGAGGUUGAAGAAUCGGCUCCAAAGUGGCUCGGCGCCGGAGAAGAGCCGGGAGCGGAGGAUGGCGCUAUUUUCCUGGGUGUAGGGGCUCUAUCGAGGAAAUCGGUACGCGACGUUGCCUACUGGAUGGAAGACCUCUACAUGUGGGGAGAAGACGCGUAUGGUGUCAGAGAUAGUCCGUCUUCAACACGCCAGGCCAAGAAGCCGAAAAAACCAACCCAGAAAACGGCUAAAAAUAUCGGCGCGAAACCUACGAAUGCUCCAGAAACGAACAAGCCAGUAAGCCCAAACGCUCAAAGUACACAAAAAGACACUACGGAUGCCAAAGAGCCUGAAUCAGUAACGCCAAAACCGACUGAAGAGACAGGUGAUGAAGGUGGGGUUAAUCGGUUUAUGAACUACCUUAAGAUGGGCUAUGGUAUACAUUGGACACUAGGCGGCUCUGGAGGAGAAAGUACGGGGCAAGAUGGAGUAGUGCCCGGAGACAUACCUGGGGACAAAGCGCAGAGCGAUUCCCAUCGUUCCUCAAAAGCUCCAAGUACGAAUUCCGGUCAUUAUCUUAUAGGACUUCUUGGUAACGUCGAGGAAGCCGAUCAUACCGAGCAUGAUGAGAACAUGGGGCAAUCGGAUGAUUCGUCAGAAGAUAUCAGGCAUAAUUCUAGAAUCUUGCUUCGGACUCUUACUGUAGAGUUGGAAAAUGCAAAUCGGCCAGAAAACGAAAUAACGAGAGAUAUCGGAAACCAAGAUCGUGAGCGAUCUACUACUGAGCUUGGCCAAGGGUCUCUAGAGGCCGCUUCCCAAUUUGACAACCAAGACCUUAACAAAUCGCAAAAGGUUCGCAUAGUAGUCUACGUGAACAAACCGUUCAUUUAUGCAUUCCUGUUUCGGAACAGGACAGACUCGUUAGCGUGGGGUGAGUUGUAUAGGUCAUUACACUAUCAGCUUGCGCCGCUUCGGAAACCCUUGGCGACGUCGACGGCCUAUCGCCCGGGAAGGCCGGACGUGGGGCCGGUAGGUUCUCAUAUUUUUGACCUUGUAUGGGAUCCGGAAGCCAUGACAAUUCAUUCUACCAUCCCCAGCAUACCUUCGCCAAUUCAGAUGGUACAAAAUACGCAACUAGUCUGGUCUCGGGCAGAAGCGGUAAAUACUCAUAAUCAAAUGCUCAACGCAUAUAUAUCAACGUCAACAAAUCCAUCGGAGCUGGAACGCACUUGCAGAACAACCCGUGGCUGGUGGAUCGUAUGGACGCGCAUAUUGGAGAAAGAUGGCGCCCGCACCCCGUUACCACCGCCCGAUUCUUCAGAAGCAAGCCAGAACGAUAGCCUACGGCAUAGCGGAUCGACAGACAGUGUUGGCUCCCAGAGCCAGCCCAGAAGCAGCCGUCCUAGGAACAAGGUCAGCAAGGAGAUCUUCCUCAUCCGCCGAGCGGGCGAGCAUACGAGGCUUAGGGGGCUAAGCGGCUCGUACGCGGAAGGAGGCGGUUGGGCGGAUGGAGCUAGUCGGCUCGCCCAAGGCAUCGGGGUGGAUACGAAGAGGUAUAUCGAGGGAUUGCUAAGCUUAGGUCGAUGAAUUAGUUACCUUAGGUACAUAUUUCUUAGUUUUACAGCGUUUGAUCUUGGAUUAAAUCUAAGUAGGUACUGGGCGGGAUGGCUAUAGCUAUAGAUGGGGGUUCGAGUACUAGAAUCUUCCAAGGAUACCCGAUGAAGUUGCUAAAUAGGUAUUUUUGAGGGCGUC